AGUGGGUUUUAUUGUCUCCCCCCGCCCCCCGCCCGGCCUCGCCACGCCGCGGCGAUCAUGGCCGCGCGGGCGCGGGCGGGCAGCGGCGAGAGGCGGGCGCCUCCCGGGCCGCGGCCGGCGCCCGGGGCCCGGGACCUGGAGGCGGGGGCGCGCGGCGCGGUGGCGGCGGCGGCACCGGGGCCCGUGCUGGGGGGCGGCGACGGCGGCGGCCCGAGUAGUGUGCACCACCACCCCCUGCACCCCCGUCACGACCUGAACAUGGCCCAUAGCGCGAGCGCGGCGGCCGCCGCCAGCACUGGCAGCGCCAAGAGCGGCGGCUCCUCCGCGGCUCUCACGGAGGGUGCAAGCGCCGCCGCGCCGCCGUCCUCCUCCUCCUCCGCGGCGGCGGCGUGCUCUUCCUCCUCGUCGGGCCCGGGCUCGGCCAUGGAGACGGGGCUGCUCCCCAACCACAAACUGAAAGCCGUUGGCGAGGCCGCCGCCGCACCGCCCCAGCAGCACCACCACCACCGCCAUGCCCACCACCACCACCAUGCCCACCUCCACCACCACCGCCACCACGCACUGCAGCCGCUCAGCCAGUUCCAGCCGCAGCCCGCUUCCAACAGCAGCCUCGGCGGCGCGGCGCAGCCCGCUCCCGACAUGGAGCAGCCGCAACAUGGAGGCGCCAAGGACAGCGCCGCGGGCAGCCAGGCCGACCCCCCGGGCCAGCCUCUGCUGAGCAAGCCGGGCGACGAGGACGACGCGCCGCCCAAGAUGGGGGAGCCGGCGGGCGGCCGCUUCGAGCACUCGAGCCUGAGCGCCCUGGGCGCGCAGCAGCCGCCGGUCGCCGUGCCCGGGGGCGGCGGCGGCCCGGCGGCCGGCUCGGAGUUCAAUAAUUACUAUGGCAGCGCUGUCCCUGCUAGCGGCGGCCCCGGCGGCCGCGCUGGGCCUUGCUUUGAUCAACAUGGCGGACAACAAAGCCCCGGGAUGGGUAUGAUGCACUCCGCCUCGGCCGCCGCCGGGGCCCCCAGCAGCAUGGACCCCCUGCAGAACUCCCACGAAGGGUACCCCGGCAGCCAGUACAACCAUUAUCCGGGAGGAGGAGGAGCAGCGGGAGCCGUGGCGGCGGCGGCCGCGGCGGCGGCGGCAGCAGCAGCAGGAGGCGGCGGCGGCGGCGGCGGUUAUGGGGGCUCGUCCUCGGGGUACGGGGUGCUGAGCGCCCCGCGGCAGCAGGGCGGCGGCAUGAUGAUGGGCCCCGGGGGCGGCGGGGCCGCGAGCCUCAGCAAGGCGGCCGCCGGCGCGGCGGCCGGGGGCUUCCAGCGCUUCGCCGGGCAGAGCCCGCACCCGUCGGGGGCCACCCCGACCCUCAACCAGCUGCUCACCUCGCCGAGCCCCAUGAUGAGGAGCUACGGCGGCGGCUACCCCGACUACAGCAGCCCCAGCGCGCCGCCGCCGCCGCCGUCGCAGCCCCAGUCCCAGGCGGCGGCGGCGGCGGGGGCGGCGGCGGGCGGCCAGCAGGCGGCCGCGGGCAUGGGCUUGGGCAAGGACCUGGGCGCCCAGUACGCCGCUGCCAGCCCGGCCUGGGCGGCCGCGCAACAAAGGAGCCACCCGGCGAUGAGCCCCGGCACCCCCGGCCCGACCAUGGGCAGAUCCCAGGGCAGCCCAAUGGAUCCCAUGGUGAUGAAGAGACCUCAGUUGUAUGGAAUGGGCAGUAACCCUCAUUCUCAGCCUCAGCAGAGCAGCCCUUACCCAGGAGGUUCCUACGGCCCCCCAGGCCCACAGCGGUAUCCAAUCAGCAUCCAAGGUCGGACCCCAGGGGCCAUGGGAGGAAUGCAGUACCCACAGCAGCAGAUGCCACCUCAGUAUGGCCAGCAAGGUGUGAGUGGUUACUGCCAGCAGGGCCAGCAGCCUUACUACAACCAGCAGCCGCAGCCUCCGCACCUCCCUCCGCAGGCACAGUAUCUGCCCUCUCAGUCCCAGCAGAGGUACCAGCCGCAGCAGGACAUGUCUCAGGAAGGCUAUGGAACUAGAUCUCAACCUCCUUUGGCCCCUGGAAAACCUAACCACGAAGACUUGAACUUAAUACAACAAGAAAGACCAUCAAGUUUACCAGUUGAAGUCUUGACCUCCGAGGAUACCGCCUUUGGACUCAAGGACCUGUCUGGCUCCAUCGAUGACCUCCCCACGGGAACAGAAGCGGCGUUGAGCUCAGCGGUCAGUGCAUCCGGGUCCACAAGCAGCCAAGGGGAUCAGAGCAACCCGGCUCAGUCCCCUUUCUCUCCACACGCAUCCCCCCACCUCUCCAGCAUCCCUGGGGGCCCUUCGCCUUCUCCUGUGGGCUCUCCUGUAGGGAGCAACCAGUCACGGUCUGGCCCAAUCUCUCCUGCAAGUAUUCCAGGCAGCCAGAUGCCUCCUCAGCCGCCUGGGAGCCAGGCCGAGUCCAGUUCCCAUCCCGCCUUGAGCCAGUCUCCAAUGCCGCAGGAAAGAGGUUUUAUGGCAGGCACACAAAGAAACCCUCAGAUGUCUCAGUAUGGACCUCAGCAAACAGGACCGUCCAUGUCACCUCAUCCUUCUCCUGGAGGCCAGAUGCAUCCUGGAAUCAGUAGCUUUCAGCAGAGUAACUCAAGCGGGACUUACGGUCCACAGAUGAGCCAGUAUGGACCACAAGGUAACUACUCCAGACCCCCAGCAUAUAGUGGGGUGCCCAGUGCAAGCUACAGCGGCCCAGGGCCCGGCAUGGGCAUCAAUGCCAACAACCAGAUGCAUGGGCAAGGGCCAAGCCAACCAUGUGGUGCUCUGCCCCUGGGACGAAUGCCAUCAGCUGGGAUGCAGAACAGACCAUUUCCUGGAAAUAUGAGCAGCAUGACCCCCAGUUCUCCUGGCAUGUCUCAGCAGGGAGGGCCAGGAAUGGGGCCACCAAUGCCAACCGUGAACCGUAAGGCACAGGAGGCAGCCGCCGCAGUGAUGCAGGCCGCUGCAAACUCGGCACAGAGCAGGCAAGGCAGCUUUCCUGGCAUGAAUCAGAGUGGACUCCUGGCUUCCAGUUCUCCCUACAGCCAGCCCAUGAACAACAGCUCUGGGCUAAUGAACACCCAGGCGUCCCCCUACAGCAUGACGCCCAAUAUGGUGAACAGCUCGACAGCCCCUAUGGGUCUUGCAGAUAUGAUGUCUCCUGGCGACCCCAAACUGCCCCUCAAAGCAGACGGCAAAGAAGACGGCGCUCCGCAGCCUGAGAGCAAGUCGAAGGAUAGCUACAGCUCUCAGGGUAUUUCUCAGCCCCCAACCCCCGGCAACCUGCCAGUCCCUUCCCCAAUGUCCCCCAGCUCUGCUAGCAUCUCCUCAUUUCAUGGAGAUGAAAGUGAUAGCAUUAGCAGCCCAGGCUGGCCAAAGACUCCAUCAAGCCCUAAGUCCAGCUCAUCCUCCACCACGGGGGAGAAGAUCACAAAGGUCUAUGAGUUAGGGAAUGAGCCGGAGAGAAAGCUGUGGGUGGACCGAUACCUGACCUUCAUGGAGGAGAGAGGCUCUCCUGUCUCCAGCCUGCCUGCGGUGGGCAAGAAGCCCUUGGACCUGUUUCGCCUCUACAUCUGUGUCAAGGAGAUUGGAGGUUUGGCACAGGUUAAUAAAAACAAGAAGUGGCGUGAGCUGGCAACCAACCUCAAUGUUGGCACUUCAAGCAGCGCAGCGAGCUCCCUGAAAAAGCAGUAUAUUCAAUACCUGUUUGCCUUCGAGUGCAAGAUCGAGCGAGGGGAGGAGCCCCCGCCCGAAGUGUUCAGCGCUGCCGACACCAAGAAGCAGCCCAAGCUCCAGCCGCCCUCUCCUGCUAACUCAGGAUCCCUACAAGGUCCACAGACCCCCCAGUCAACUGGCAGUAAUUCAAUGGCAGAGGUUCCGGGGGACCUGAAGCCACCUACACCAGCCUCCACCCCUCAUGGACAGAUGACCCCAAUGCAAGGAGGAAGAAGCAGUACAGUCAGUGUGCACGACCCAUUCUCAGACGCCAGUGAUUCAUCGUUCCCAAAACGGAACUCCAUGACUCCGAGCACCCCAUACCAGCAGGGCAUGAGCAUGCCAGAUGUGAUGAGCAGGGUGCCCUACGAACCCAACAAGGACCCCUUUGGUGGAAUGAGAAAAGUGCCUGGAAGUAGUGAGCCCUUUAUGACCCAAGGACAGAUGCCCACAAGCAGUAUGCAGGACAUGUAUAACCAAAGCCCCUCCAGUGCCAUGUCCGGGCUGGGCAUGGGGCAGCGACAGCAGUUUCCCUAUGGAGCCAGCUAUGAUCGAAGACAUGAGCCUUACGGGCAGCAGUACGCAAGCCAAGGCCCGCCCUCAGGACAGCCGCCGUAUGGAGGACACCAGCCCGGCCUGUACCCGCAGCAGCCGAAUUACAAACGCCAUAUGGACGGCAUGUACGGGCCGCCAGCCAAACGCCAUGAGGGAGACAUGUACAGCAUGCAGUAUGGCAGCCAGCAGCAGCAGGAGAUGUUCAACCAGUACGGCAGCUCUUACUCCGGGCCAGACCGGAGGCCCGUGCAGGGGCAGUACCCGUACCCCUACAACAGAGAGCGGAUGCAGGGCCCCGGGCAGAUGCAGCCACACGCCAUCCCGCCACAGAUGCUGGGCGGCCCCAUGCCGGCGUCCUCCAGCGAGGGGCCACAGCAGAGUAUGUGGGCAGCGCGCAAUGACAUGCCUUACCCCUACCAGAACAGGCAGGGCCCCGGCGGCCCCGCGCAGGCACCUCCUUAUCCAGGCAUGAGCCGCACGGAUGACAUGAUGGUACCUGAUCAAAGGAUCAAUCACGAGAGCCAGUGGCCUUCUCAUGUCAGCCAGCGUCAGCCUUACAUGUCCUCUUCAGCCUCCAUGCAGCCCAUCACGCGCCCGCCUCAGUCAUCCUACCCGACGGCACCGUCACUGCCAAACCACAUCUCCCGAGCGCCCAGCCCCGCCUCCUUUCAGCGCUCCCUGGAGAGCCGUAUGUCUCCAAGCAAGUCUCCCUUCCUGCCCUCGAUGAAGAUGCAGAAGGUCAUGCCCACCGUCCCCGCAGCCCAGGUCGCAGGGCCGCCCCCCCAGCCGCCCCCGAUCAGAAGGGAGAUCACCUUUCCUCCAGGUUCAGUGGAAGCAUCACAGCCAGUCCUGAAACAAAGGCGAAAGAUUACCUCAAAAGAUAUCGUUACUCCCGAGGCCUGGCGUGUAAUGAUGUCCCUUAAGUCAGGGCUUUUGGCUGAAAGUACUUGGGCUUUGGACACUAUUAACAUUCUUCUAUAUGAUGACAGCACUGUCGCUACUUUCAAUCUUUCCCAGUUGUCCGGAUUUCUCGAACUUUUAGUAGAGUACUUUAGAAAAUGCCUGAUUGACAUUUUUGGAAUUCUUAUGGAAUAUGAAGUGGGAGACCCCAGCCAAAAAGCACUUGAUCACAAUGCAGUGAAGAAAGAUCACGGCUGGUCCUUGGCCGACGACUCGGGGAAGGAGGACGAAGAUGCUGAAUGUACUGAUGCCGAGGAGGAGGAGGAGGAGGACGAGGAGGAGGCCAGUGGGAAGGCAGAGGGUGAGGAUAAGAGCAGCAUGGCCUUGCCCACCCCCGACACCGUGGCAUAUCCGAAGGAGAGGCCCAGGCAAGCUAGUAAGUUCGACAAGCUGCCGAUAAAGAUCGUCAGAAAGAACAACCUGUUUGUGGUGGACCGGUCCAACAGACUGGGCCGCGUCCAGGAGUUCAACAGCGGGCUUCUGCACUGGCAGCUUGGAGGGGGGGACACCACUGAGCACAUCCAGACUCACUUUGAGAGCAAGAUGGAGAUCCCUCCCCGCAGGCGCCCCUCUCCCCCUUCGGGCUCCACAGGCAGAAAGAAAGAGCAGGACGGAAAAGGCGAUUGCGAAGAGCAGCAAGAGAAAAGCAUCAUUGCGACCAUUGAUGACGUCCUGUCUGCUCGGCCAGGGGCCCUGCCCGAAGAGGCGAACCCCGGCACCCAGGCCGAGAGCAGCAAGUUUCCCUUCGGUAUACAUCAAGCCAAAAGCCACCGAAACAUCAAGCUGCUGGAGGACGAGCCGCGGAGCCGAGACGAGACUCCCCUCUGCACCAUCGCGCACUGGCAGGAUUCUCUGGCCAAGCGCUGUAUCUGUGUGUCAAAUAUUGUCCGUAGCUUGUCGUUUGUGCCUGGCAAUGACGCUGAAAUGUCCAAACAUCCAGGCUUGGUGCUGAUCCUGGGAAAGCUGAUUCUUCUUCACCAUGAGCAUCCAGAGAGAAAACGAGCACCGCAGACCUAUGAGAAAGAGGAGGCUGAGGACAAAGGGGUGGCCUGCAGCAAGGAGGAGUGGUGGUGGGACUGCCUCGAGGUCUUAAGGGAUAACACGCUGGUCACGUUAGCCAACAUUUCUGGGCAGCUAGACUUGUCUGCUUACACGGAAAGCAUCUGCUUGCCCAUCCUGGAUGGCUUGCUGCACUGGAUGGUGUGCCCGUCUGCAGAGGCACAGGACCCCUUUCCAACCGUGGGGCCCAAUUCUGUCCUGUCACCUCAGAGACUCGUGCUGGAGACCCUCUGUAAACUCAGUAUCCAGGACAACAAUGUGGACCUGAUCUUGGCCACGCCUCCAUUUAGUCGUCAGGAGAAAUUCUAUGCUACGUUAGUUAGGUACGUUGGGGAUCGCAAAAACCCAGUCUGUCGAGAAAUGUCCAUGGCGCUUUUAUCGAACCUUGCCCAAGGGGAUGCGCUGGCAGCUAGGGCAAUAGCUGUGCAGAAGGGAAGCAUUGGAAACUUGAUAAGCUUUCUAGAGGAUGGGGUCACGAUGGCGCAGUAUCAACAGAGCCAGCAUAACCUCAUGCACAUGCAGCCCCCCCCGCUAGAGCCACCGAGCGUGGACAUGAUGUGCAGGGCGGCCAAGGCUCUGUUGGCCAUGGCCCGAGUGGAUGAGAACCGCUCGGAAUUCCUUCUGCACGAGGGCCGAUUGCUGGAUAUCUCAAUAUCGGCCGUCCUGAACUCUCUGGUUGCGUCUGUCAUCUGUGAUGUACUGUUUCAGAUCGGGCAGUUAUGA